AUGAAGCUCAUACUGCCCUACCUCCUGCCUAGUCUCUCUAUCCUAGCCACCCCCGCAACCGCAGGAUCUAUACCACAACCACAAUCACAAUCACCCACAACGCAACCCACCAACGACCCCCAUUCCCUCUGCGACUGCUACCUCACUACCGGCCAGGAGCAAAGCUACUUCACGCACUACAAAUUUUGGGACUUUCGCAAAGUCACACUCCCGCAAACAAUUGAGACCACCCAAGCAGACCCCGCCAACCCCCAAAACUCCUACGACCUGCAAACCUACCCUCUCGCCAAAUCUCCUUUCAGCCAUGACUGGCGUGCCCAGACCUGGGACCGAGAUGCAACCCCCAUCAGCCCAGUACCUAUGGUAAACACAGACCGCAAUGUCUUCCUCCUCAAAGACCCAGCCAGCACAUCAAACAACUCGCGGUCGUCGUUCCUCGUGCUCCGCACGACCCGAUUCGCAGAUCACGCCUCCACUGCUGAAGUGGAAGGCCUGUUCGGAUACAUCUAUCAUUGUUCGCUUCGGAUGCGCCUGCGGAUGAUGUCGAGGGAUGCUAUUGUGCAGCAGGCGGCGGUUCCCAGCACCGGCAUAGCAGUGAAUCCUCCAGCUCAAGCUCAAGCAGUACCUCGAGGAAGCUGUGCUGGGAUCUUCACCUAUCGAUCAGCGGUCUGUGAGUCGGACAUCGAGAUCCUGACCUCGGAGGAUCCACAUACCGUUCACUAUGCCAAUCAGCCGGAUUAUGAUCCUAUUUCGGAUACAUCAAUCCCCGGGGCGAGUUCGAUAGUUAAUCUGUCGACGCCGUGGACGUCGUGGGUGACACAUCGCUUAGAUUGGCUCCCGAAUAUGUCCGCGUGGUAUGCCGAUGACAAGUUGCAGAGUAACAGUACUUACUCGAUUCCGGACCGCCCGAGUAUCGUGGCCAUGAACCUGUGGAGUAACGGGGGCAAUUGGUCCGGCGAUAUGAGGGUCGGGGAUAGUGUGUAUAUGGGCAUUGAGUGGAUCGAGCUGCUGUAUAAUGUCACCAAAGCUGAUCAGGAUCUUCCCAUCAAGGACCACCCCGGACACAGAGUUCAUUAUCGCCGGCCCCUGGACCUGGCUUCAAUGGGAGAUGGCAUCCCAGACAGCUCAGCAGAAGCUCCGCGUGAUUAUGUCGACCUGCAGACGGCGAAGAAGAGUGGAUGCCAAAGACCCUGCCGAGUUGAUCAGUGGCAUCAUGCAUGUGGUGCUUUUGAACCUGCCUCCUAG